AUGAUAGAUUUCACUACACGAGCUGAAACAACCGAGGCGGAGCGCAGCUGCGUUGCGGACGAAAACGCCUGGACGCAUCCGCCAAGCAUCAUCUGUCCGCCUGGAGCGGACUCCUCCGGCUCCUCCUCGUCGUCCUCAGAAACCCCCACGCCAGCACGGCCGAGCUCGCCGGCGGCGCCGAUUAUGCGGACUAUCGCCUCCGUCGGAAGCAUGCUGGAGUCACUCCAGUCGUCAAAGGCCACCGUCGCGCCGGUCGCCAGCCUCAAGCUCUACGACGGGCUCGGCUCGGAUCAGACUGCCAGCGUGGAGGCGAUCGCGGCGCUGUACUACCCCCUCUUCCGCGCGAUGCUCCUCCUCUCCUACUUUGGGAUCCUCUUCGGGGUGCUGCUCUUCGCGUGGAAGCGGUGCGGGAUCGACUACACCGCCAUCCUCGGCGUCGACGGCGGCCGUACGAAUGUCCACGCGGUGGUGCGCGCGUCCACCUCGCUGAUGGGUCUCAACUUUUCCGCCUUCGUCCUCUACUGGCUCGCCCUGCUCUGUGUGCAGCCGUUCGACCACAUGGCGGAGUGGAGCGACGCCGCCCAGCGUGCCGACUGCGCGCGCUGCGUCGGGCGGGUCCUGCUCGCCGGCCUCGUCCCCACGACCUUCGCGUCCAGCUUCGUCGCCGACAUCCUGACGUCGAUGCCCAAGCUCUUCAUCGACCUGCUGCAGGCGGUAGUACAGCGGCAGGAGUACGCAGCCGGAUCCAACACACAAGACCACCACGCCGGAGAGCACUGA